UAUGGCUCUGCUGUCCAAAGGCCAAGGCAGCAACCAAGGUUAACUGUAUAACAGAGUACAGCGUUUUCUCAGAGUUAGUUUGUGUGUGUGGAUGGAGAGGAAGCAGCCAAGAUGUCUGCUAGAAUCAUUGUAGCGUUGCUGGCUGUGUCCUCCAUUGUUUCUGCUCAGUCAGAUAUGGAGAACAAGGCCAAAGAGUUCCUGCAGAGGUUUGACGAGGAGGCCACUCGGCGUAUGUACCAGUACUCGUUGGCAUCAUGGGCCUACAACACCGACAUCACAAAGGAGAACUCAGACAAACUGUCAGAAGAGGGGCAAAUUUGGGGCAGUUUCUACUCCCAGAUGUCAGCAGAGUCCCAGAACUUCACCAUCAGCGAGAUCAAAAAUCCAGAAAUCAAAUUACAGCUCAUCUCCCUACAAGACAAAGGCUCUGGUGCCCUCUCCCCAGAUAAAGCCGCACAUCUGAAUAAGGUCAUGAGUGAGAUGAGUACAAUCUACAGCACAGCGACAGUGUGUCUCAUUGACGACCCCCUUAACUGCCAGACUUUGGAGCCAGGCCUGGAACAUGUAAUGGCCAACAGUGAAAACUACACUGAGCGUCUGCAUGUGUGGGAGGGCUGGAGGAGAGAGGUUGGGAAGAGGAUGAGGCCUCUGUAUGAAGACUAUGUUGAUCUGAAGAAUGAAGCUUCCAAACUAAACGGUUUUGAAGACUAUGGAGCUUACUGGAGAUAUAACUAUGAGACAAUUGAGGAUGACAUUCAGUACAAGUACACCAGAGAUGAGCUAAUGGAGGAUGUCCGUUCUACAUACAAACAGAUCCUUCCCCUAUACAAAGAGUUGCAUGCAUAUGUGAGAGCCAGGCUUAUGGAAGUCUACCCAGGACACAUUGAUUCAGAAGGACCUUUGCCAGCCCACCUGCUGGGUGACAUGUGGGGAAGAUUCUGGACCAACCUGUACCCUUUGUCAACCCCCUACCCCAACAAAACAGAUAUUGAUGUCACUAAAACUAUGGUGGAGAAGGGUUGGAAUGAGACUCGGCUUUUCAAAGAAGCAGAGAAGUUCUUCAUGUCUGUGGGCCUUUAUGAGAUGUUCCCAAACUUCUGGGAAAACUCAAUGUUAGUAAAGCCUGACGAUGGACGUAAGGUUGUCUGUCACCCCACAGCCUGGGACAUGGGAAACAGAAUGGACUUUAGGAUCAAAAUGUGCACCAAGGUCAACAUGGACGACUUCCUCACAGUGCACCAUGAGAUGGGUCACAACCAGUACCAGAUGGCUUACCGUAACCUGUCCUACCUCCUGAGGGACGGCGCCAACGAGGGUUUCCAUGAGGCCGUCGGAGAAAUCAUGUCCCUCUCUGCUGCAACGCCCAAACACUUGCAGAGUCUGAAUCUCCUGCCUGCUAACUUCACAUAUGAUAAGGAAACAGAGAUCAACUUCUUGCUGAAACAGGCGCUCACCAUCGUGGCCACACUGCCCUUCACCUACAUGCUGGAGGAAUGGAGGUGGCAGGUGUUUGCAGGGAACAUAACCAAAGAUGAAUGGAUGGAGCGCUGGUGGGAAAUGAAGAGGGAGCUGGUAGGGGUGGUGGAGCCAGUGCCAAGAGAUGAGACCUACUGCGACCCACCAGCUCUGUUCCAUGUAUCUGGAGACUAUUCUUUCAUCAGGUACUUCACAAGAACCAUCUACCAGUUUCAAUUCCAAAAGGCGCUCUGCAUUGCGGCUGGUCAUACAGAUGCCUUGUCUUCAUGUGACAUUACUGGUUCUAAAGAAGCAGGAACCAAGCUGAGGAAUAUGUUAGAGCUGGGAAGAUCCCAGUCCUGGACCAGGGCUUUGCAUACAAUAUCUGGGGACGAUAGGAUGGACGCCCGCCCCCUGUUGGAAUAUUUCCAAAAACUUCAUGACUGGCUGAAGGUAGAGAACACGAAACACAAUAGGACUGUUGGCUGGAACACAGUAACCGAUCCAUAUUCAAAGUAUGCCAUUAAAGUGAGACUAAGUUUGAAGGCUGCAAUGGGUGAUAAUGCUUAUUCCUGGAAUGCCAACGAGCUGUUCCUGUUCAAGGCCAACAUUGCGUAUGCUUUGAGGCAGUACUACAGCGAAAAGAACGAGACCCUCCUCUUCACAUCAGAGAACGUUCUCUCGUAUAAGGAGACUCACAGAAUCUCCUUCUACAUCGUGGUCACCAACCCAACAAAUCCUUCCACAUAUAUCCCAAAGGAUGAUGUGGAGGCUGCCAUACGGUUAUGUCGAGGUCGGAUCAAUGAUGCCUUUCAAUUGGAUGACAAGACGCUGGAAUUCGAGGGUAUUCUACCAACACUGGCGCCUCCUGUGGAACAACCGGUGGAGGUGUGGCUGGUGGUGUUUGGGGUGAUCAUGGGAAUAGUGGUUCUAGCAGGCAUCUACCUCGUCGUCUCUGGUGUCAGAGAGCGCAAAAAGAAAUCUGAAAAGACAGAAGUGGAGAAUCCCUACAAUACAUCCCUUGGUGGACAAACUAACAAAGCGUUUGACAACAGUGAUGAUGAACAAACUGGAUUCUGAGUUCACUGCUGCCACUGAAGAACAGGAGGAAGGAUUGGUGUCCUAAAUGCUUAUGCACAGCAGACACAUUGUCCAGGAAUGGGAGAGUGAAAAUUCUGUCUUGCUGUCUUUCAUCAGUGCUGCUCUUAUCAAACAUCAACACUACUGCUAAAUGUGCAUAUGUGUCAAAGUUAAUUUGUCAAGGAUAUUUUCCCUUACAAACAGUUGUAUAGUAAAUACCCUAGUAAAAAAUUAUACUUAUUUGUACUUAAUUGUAGUAUACUAAGUAUACUUCCAUGUGAAUGUACUCAAAGUGCUGUGUUUAUAUUUAGUGUAUAAUCAAUAUAUAAGUAGUACAACUUAACAAAUACUUAACUACACUUAAUUUUAAUGCACUACUUUGAGAUAUCAUUAAGUUGUAAUUAGGUGUGCCUAGGUACACUUUUUGUGAUAAUGAUGGACGUUUACGUUGUUUAAAUAUGUCCAUGUCGAAAAGUAUAUUUAAAUACAAUUAUCAUGCACUUGUGCAAGUCUAGUCAGUAGUAUUUUAAGUCAGGUACUUAUAUCAUUAAUACUCCCAGUUAGCACAAUUAAAGUACAGAAAUCAAAGCACACGUUUAAGUACAGUCUUAAAGAAUAUUUAAAUACCUGAUAAAAUGUGAUUUAGCUGUAUUAGUUUCAAGUCUUAUUUCCAGUAGGUUCUUUCAGGAGGUAUUGUGUUUUUCCAAUGCAGCUUUCAGAUUGUUUUUUUGUGAUUUACAAAAUGUCCUACCUUUCCUUUCGCUGUUGUAAUGUGAAUUUUUAAGUAUUCAAUUUUGUUUCAGGAUAUUUGAUCAAAAGAAAAAAAAUUGUGUUUGUCCAUAUUAUUAUUUUUAAUAUGUUAUAUCAUGUAAAAGGCUUUGAUGGUCAAACAUUUUUGUAAUACUAUUUGAUAUUUUUACUUGUGUUAAAAUAUCUAAUUAAAUGGUGUUGGUGUCAUCUGGUCGACAGGUGAAUAAGAAAACAUUCAAUUAAUAAGAAAGUGUUCAAUUAGGAAACAAUGCUAAACAUUACCAACAAACCAGUUAUUAAGAAGUCAAUCAAUGUCUCAUGCUCAGGCUCAUGUUAAUAGUUCAUCUCAUACUGUAUGCUUGUUCACAAAUUCUCUUAAUAAUAUACAUUUGAAAAUGUUA